GGCUCGGGGCGGGCUCGGCUCCCGGCGGCGGGAGAGCGGGAGCGGGGGCCCGGAACGCCGGCAACAUGAAUGCGGAGAACCAAGAUGUGCUGCUGGAUCUGGAGGGGGAGGAGGAGGAGGAGGGGGAGGAGGAAGAUGAUGAUGAUGGAGAGACCGUCUUGGAACUGAACAAGGUGAUUAUUCCCACUUAUGGAACUGUGCCGGAUCAGCAAAACCUUCAUACUCCUGAAUGGGUGGAUUUUGAUGGUAAGGCUGACUCCUUGUUCUUCAGUGAUGGGCAGCGAAGAAUUGACUUUGUUUUGGUGUAUGAAGAUGAAAGUAGAAAAAUGACUCAUAAGAGGAGUGAUCGUAAAAAGCAGAAGAGGAAGAGACAAGUAUAUGAAUCAAACCUGAUAAACAACGGCUUGCAACUUGAAGCAACGAGAUCGGUUUUGGAUGAAAAACUUAUUUUUGUGAAAGUGCAUGCACCUUGGGAAGUGCUGUGCACAUAUGCUGAGGUUCUGCACAUCAAAUUGCCCCUGCAACCCAAUGACCUGAAAACCCGAGACUCAGCUUUCAACUGGUUUAGCAGACUCUUCACAGUGGAUGAAAAUAUCAUCAAACCUGAGCAAGAGUUUUUCACUGCCCCUUUUCAAAAGGAGCUUUUGUCCAGCUUUUAUGUCCAAGACAAAGACACAUUUUUCAAUCCUGCAACUAGAAGCCGAAUUGUUCAUUUUAUCCUGUCCCGUGUGGAAUAUGCAACCAAAAACAAUGUGAAAAAGUUUGGCAUUAACAAAUUACUGGACACUGGAAUCUACAAAGCAGCAUUUCCCCUUCAUGAUUCUAGUUUUAGGCACCUGUCAACCGAUCCCAACUGCCCAAGUGAACGAUACCUUCUCUACAGAGAAUGGGCUCAUCCCAAAAACAUUUUCAAACUGCAGCCCCUGGAUUUCAUCAGGAAAUACUACGGCGAGAAAAUUGGAAUCUACUUUGCUUGGCUGGGCUUUUAUACUAACAUGCUGAUCAUGGCUGCGAUUGUAGGAGUUGGCUGUUUUCUGUAUGGAUGCCUGACAAAGGACAACUGCACAUGGAGCCAAGAAGUAUGUGAUCCCAACAUAGGAGGUAAAAUCAUCAUGUGCCCUCAGUGUGAUAAAGUAUGUACCUACUGGAACCUCACCAUCACUUGUGAAUCAUCCAAGAAACUCUGUAUAUUUGAUAGCUUUGGAACACUGGUGUUUGCAGUAUUUAUGGGAAUAUGGGUUACUUUGUUUCUGGAGUUUUGGAAGCGACGGCAGGCUGAACUGGAGUAUGAAUGGGACACAGUUGAGUACUUAGAGCAAGAAGAACAAGUUCGCCCGGAAUAUGAAGCUCGGUGCACUCAUGUAGUGAUGAAUGAAAUCUCACAGCAAGAAGAACACGUGCCAUACACUGCCUGCGGGAAGUGCAUGCGGAUGACUUUCUGUACAAGUGCUGUCUUCUUCUGGAUUCUUUUGAUUAUUGCUUCAGUUAUUGGAAUCAUUGUCUAUAGGCUCUCAGUUUUCCUGGCAUUUUCUGCAACGUUGUCACAGCACAUUAGUGGAACAGACGCAAUCCGCAAGUACCUGACUCCACAGACAGCCACUUCAGUAACUGCUUCACUCAUCAGCUUUGUAGUCAUUAUGGUUCUCAACAUUAUCUAUGAAAAAGUGGCAAUCCUGAUUACUGACUUCGAGCUUCCAAGGACACAAACUGAUUAUGAAAACAGUCUGACCACAAAGAUGUUCUUGUUUCAAUUUGUCAACUACUAUUCUUCAUGCUUCUACAUAGCCUUCUUUAAGGGCAAAUUUGUAGGCCACCCUGGAAAUCCAGUUUAUUGGCUAGGAAAGUAUCGCAAUGAAGAGUGUGAUCCAGGUGGAUGUCUCCUUGAGCUCACAACCCAGCUUGCCAUCAUAGUAGGAGGUAAAGCAAUCUGGAACAACAUUCAAGAAGUGCUUCUUCCUUGGGUUAAGAAUCUAAUCGGAAGAUACUGUGCAGCUGCUAGAUCAGAAAAAGUCAUUCCACGCUGGGAACAUGACUACCACCUGCAACCCAUUGGAAAACUUGGACUGUUUUAUGAGUAUCUUGAAAUGGUUAUACAGUUUGGCUUUGUCACUCUGUUUGUGGCAUCGUUCCCCCUGGCUCCUCUUCUGGCCCUUAUUAACAACAUGUUGGAAAUCCGGUUGGAUGCGUGGAAGUUGACAACCCAGUUCAGGCGCAUGGUUCCACAGAAGGCACAAGACAUCGGUGCCUGGCAGCCUAUCAUGCAAGGCAUAGCCAUUCUAGCUGUAGUCACCAAUGCUAUGAUCAUUGCUUUUACGUCUGAUAUGAUUCCUCGCCUGGUUUAUUACUGGUCCUUUUCAGUCCCUCCUUAUGGAAGUCACAGCAGUCACACUAUGAAAGGGUAUAUAAACAGUACACUUUCUGUCUUCAAUAUAUCAGACUUCAAGAAUGCAAGCAAGCCAUUUUCCCCAUGGUUUGUAAACCAAACAUGCAGAUACCGGGAUCUCCGCUACCCUCCUGGUCAUCAGCACCAGUAUGAGCAUAACAUAUACUACUGGCAUGUCAUUGCAGCCAAGCUGGCAUUCGUCAUUGUCAUGGAGCAUGUCAUAUACUUUGUGAAGUUCAUUAUUUCAUACUUAAUUCCGGAUGUAUCACAAAAGACCAAGAGCCAGGUCAAACGAGAGAAGUACCUAACACAGAAACUCUUGCAUGAGAACGAUCUCAAAAUUGUGAAGAAAACCAUGGGCAAAAUAGCCGACAAAAUUAUCCAAGGAGUUGACAGCACUUUCCGACCUAAAGCUGACUAAGUACUUUUUUAUAUGGAAUAACAGUAUUUAGCCAACUAAUACCUGUCCAAGUAUUACCAAUCGCUAACCAAACACUUUGGAUUAAUUCCCUUUACUAAGCAUUGUUUCUUGCAGCUGUUACCUGCUCAUUUACCUCUUGCCCUUGGACAAAAGCAACCACUGCGACUCAGAGAAGAGUUACCAAUUUUUUAAACAGCUUUAGUAGGACAUACUUUUUUAACAUGUGAAGAUAAAAAUUGUCUAUCAUCUCACGACGAUGAACAUUAAUUCUGAAAUACAUAGAGUGCUUUCCACUUUAGGCAAGAGCUAUUAGAUCUCUCCUUUUGACUUGAAUAAAACCUUAAGAGCAAGAAA